GAAAUAAGAGUUGUAAAAUUUCAGAAUGUGAUGAAUCUGCACACGUUACCUCGAAUAUCACGUCCCGUUCCCACAACAACGUUUGAGGAUGGUGAACAGGUUAUUGAAACGAUGCCACGUGCAAUCGCAACAAAGGAGUCUUUGCCUCCAGAACGUGUGCCAUUGGUGAUACCUCAAGAUUACUCGUAUCGAUAUCGAGAAAUGAAUUUGAGAUAUCGUAAAACUGAUUCAGCAAGACAGGACGUGGCCAGAGAAUUGAAUGUGGAAGUGAAUUGUAUUCAGAUAGCAAUAAUGGACAGAUUAUGCAAGUAUGUGACGUCGUUGAUUGAACUCUCUCAAAUGGUAUGUCUGCACAGCGAUUGCAAAGAGAAGCGUCCGUUCUCGUCGAUCUUUACGCUAGCCUAUCACAUCACCGUUAAACACAAUCGGAGGUGGUUGAUGGACAAGCGCAUUCCUUGCUUCUUGUGCGAUUCGGCAUUCAAACAGUUCGUUUCAUUCAGUCGUUGA